AGCACUGAUCGCGACUGAUCGCCGAUAGAUACUCAGCGUGUCGUUGUACUUACUACGGUCCCGUUUUCGUGUCGCUUGUACGACCGCUCACGGUAGGCCGAUGAGGUGAUGUAAAGUCCUGCGGCGGGCCCAGACUUCGGAUCGCCCAGGUGAGAGCCGCGUCGCAGGCGUGAGACGAGAUUUCGGUCGCGUUGCGUCGCGUCGCGUCGCGUCGCGAGGCGAGCGCGAGGCGCGAGCGAUUUUCUGGAGUAAAGGGAGUAGCAAACCUCUUGGGGGGAGCCAGGUCCAGCGGGGGAUCACGUGACCCGAGUGUUUACCAAAAUGGUGAACGUCCGUGGUGCGAUACGAACGGCACUGCGUUCCGUCCGCACGGGAGCGGCCGCGCGGCGCUCGGUAAGCUCGGUUGCGUAAAUAGCUGCGAUCAGCUGUGCUACGCUACGUGCGCGAAGCGAAGAGAGAGAGAGAGAGAGAGAGAUAGAGCGCACGCAGUGCAGCUCGCAAGCUCGGCCGUCGGCGUUCCAAUCGUCUCGACAAGUCGACACGGCCGCGGCGUCGCGCGUCGCGUCCUCUCGCGUCCUGGACGAGUCGAUCUGUGUGCGUCGUCCAUCAUCAUCUUCGUCGUCGGCCCCGUUUCUCGUUUGUGUUCUUUUCGGGCUGGCGUUCAAUUUCGCCACUACGCCACGCAAGCAGUGCAUCUUUACGGGCGAAAGUUGGAAAGUGGAUGCGAUCGCGGGAGAUGCCAAAACUCGACGCGGGGACAGUCACGCUAUGACGAUCGCCUCCUAGCCGCGCGAUGGUAUUACGCUAGACCGAGUGUUUCGCGAUGUCGUUGAUUCGUCUCCCUGCACCGAGCUUGUCCUCAAUCCGCGCGCCGUCCGCACUGUAAGCUCACGCUAGAAUCUUUCUAUUUCCUUACAUUGCGCCGCUAAGGUGGUGACCUGAGGCUUCCACAGGCCUAAUUCCAUUCGCCAAUAAUGCUGUACUCGAGGGAUACCAGUAGCAGAUGAUCUCUGAUAUAGGUUAGUGCAAGUAAAAAGCACUUGAACAACGGACAUCUAAAUGUCAGGAGGUGUUCUGGCAUAGCGCUUGAGUGCUGCGGCCAGGCAUUCUUAAACAUGGCCACGUAUCAAGUUGACUACCAGUGGGCUUAUUCUAUAAUGGAUUCAUCCAGGAUAUCCACUUUCCUAAUAUCAAUUCUACUGAUAGUUUACGGUAGUUUCCGAUCUCUAAACAUGGAGCAAGAGGCAAGGGAGAAGGAACGUAGUAAUUUAUUGACUGGGAUUACUAGUAAUAGUAGCGCCGGUAAUCCGGACUGCAUUAACGGAGGAAGAAUUCAAACUCUCGAUACGAUGCAUGCUCUCUGUCUACCUCUCGGUGCUUCCAUUUCUCUACUCAUCAUGUUUUUCUUUUUUGACAGUAUGCAGAUGCUUCUUGCAAUUUGUACUGCCAUUAUAGCUACAGUUGCAUUGGCGUUUCUGUUAUUGCCCAUGUGUCAGUAUAUCAUUAGACCGUGUUCUGAUGGUAACAAAAUAUCUUUCGGUGUCUGUGGGAGAUUUACGGGUGCGGAAUUACUCUCAUUUUCGCUCAGUGUGAGUAUAGUAUGCAUCUGGGUUUUAACUGGACAUUGGCUGCUGAUGGAUGCAAUGGGUAUGGGCCUGUGCGUGGCGUUUAUUGCAUUUGUUCGACUACCUAGUCUCAAGGUAUCCACAUUGUUAUUAACCGGACUGCUGAUUUAUGAUGUCUUCUGGGUUUUCUUUUCGUCCUACAUAUUCAGCACAAACGUAAUGGUUAAGGUAGCAACUAGGCCUGCAGAUAAUCCAGUAAGUCUCGUGGCUAGAAGAUUACACUUAGGCGGUGUGGCGAGAGCCGCGCCAAAAUUACCUUUACCUGGAAAAUUAGUUUUUCCAUCGAUACAUCAAGCGGGACAUUUUUCAAUGUUGGGCCUCGGCGAUAUUGUCAUGCCGGGCCUACUGCUCUGUUUUGUUCUGCGAUACGACGCAUACAAAAAGACUCAGCUAUUACCCGGCGGCUGCGAAACUGGAGUACCACCGCCGCGCCACUUCAGCCGAAUUAGUUAUUUUCAUUGCUCUUUGAUUGGUUAUUUUCUUGGUCUACUCACCGCCACUGUAAGCUCUGAGGUGUUCAAAGCUGCACAGCCUGCCUUAUUGUACCUUGUGCCCUUCACUUUGUUGCCGCUGCUCACAAUGGCGUAUUUGAAGGGAGAUUUACGUCGGAUGUGGAGUGAACCAUUCAUAUCUCAACAACCUUCUACACAUAUAGACGUUUGACAAGAAGAGUCAUGGAUUUAAAUAUAUGGACAUUUGACAAGAGUCAUGGGUCUUUGUAUAUUAUGUUGUAUCGGAGGCAAAAUUCUUGCAUGAAAUUCACCCUCAUAUAAUUUCACAUUGUUAUUUUCAUCAACGUCAUUUAAUGUAAGUAAUUUUUUCUACACAUACGCAUGUGCGCAAUUCGUUCGCAUUCUUUUCAAAGUCAGUAUGACAUACAGAGAAUAAAUCAGAUCUAAGAAUCAAUAUGAUUAUUUGCGAUUCAAAAAUACAUGUAUAAAAAUACAUUACAUACCGCAUAAAUAAUUUAAAUGUAAUAUAAUGUCACGAAUGUAAUGUUAGCGGUGCAAAGAACUUUUUACUGAAAUAAUAGAGGAUGAGGAGAUCUCUGAGAAUAUUUCAAGAAUGCCA